AUGGCCGAUGACGAGCACGAAGUCAACGGAGAUUCCGAUGAGCCGCAACAAAAAGCCGACGAUUCCUCGCAGAAAAAAUCUGCAAAACAUGAUUCUGGUGCUGCCGACUUAGAAAGGGUCACCGAUUAUGCCGAAGAGAAAGAAAUUUACUCCGCAGAUGAGUUUAAAGGUGCCAUGAGUUUGAUUGGCGAUAGGAGAAAUAAGGAAGUCGCUGAAAAAAUGGCCAAGGAAAGGGAAUUAGCAAAAGUUUCAAUCAGUAAAGAAGAUGUGGACUUAAUAGUGCGAGAGCUAGAAGUGGGUAGAAGCCAUGCUGAAAGGACAUUGAGAGAACAUUCAGGAGAUGUCGUGCAAGCUUUGAUAUCGCUCACCAACUAG